UAUUUUACAUUAGAUAACGUCAUAGUCGUAAGUCGUACCUCGUAUAUUGUUCCAUGACCCAUGUGGUCGUGUCCGCAUCGAGUCGAUUUUUAUUUAUAAGGUAGGUAUUUAAUUAUUAAUAUUUAUUUAUUUACACCAGCUUUCAGCUACAUUGAUACAAAUUACAACGAAACAAAAUCCGCUUUUAGUUUCAUUCCGAUCGUCACUCGUUGUAUGGUUCGUACAAUAUAUUCAAUAAACCUUGUUGUUAAUACAUUUAUCUGUAACAAAUACCUAAUAACAAUUUGAAUUAUUGAAUCUAUUAUCUAUAUCUUAAGAAUAAAAAUAAAAUCGUCCAUUUGACUUCGAAGAUGAUAUACCUUUAUAUCCAAGCCAGGAAUCAGAAUGAACUGUUGUACCAGCUAUUCUACUCAUUUUUUAAAACACUUGUGGGGUAUGAGGUUAUAGUUGAACUUAAGAAUGACAUGUGUGUCACUGGAAAAUUGCAUUCCGUUGAUCAAUUUUUGAAUAUCAAACUUACAGACAUCUGUGUACAUGAUUCAGAAAAAUACCCAUACAUGAGUUAUGUGUCAGAAUCUUUCAUCAGAGGUUCAGUUGUUCGGUAUGUACAACUUCCAGUUAACUAUGUUGAUACACCAUUGUUACAAGAUGCUGCACGUAAGGAGACUACCAUUCGAUAACAUUUAAUUUGUUAUCAUAAUUUAGCAUUUAAGUAAAAAUGAUUUUAUUUACCUAACUUAAUUCUAUAAGAACCGCUUGUCAAGUAUCAUUUAUUUAAUUUAAAGUACCUAUAGAAGUUAAAAAUACAAAAUACACUUUUACAUUAUUAUUUAUUAUUUCCAUUUCAGCCAUUCAUUGUUUCAACACUUUUUUUUAACAUUAUUUAUAAUUUUUAUAUAAUUAGACAAGUAUGGUAAGCACAUGAUAAUUCAAAUGCUUUUGGUAGUAAAUAUAAUUUAUUGUUCAUUGUAAAUUGUUUGAAAUAAAUGUGUAAUGACAGUAAUAAAUAAUAAUGCA